AUGGAUUCAUAUUCUUUGAAGUCCAUGUUCGAUUUGCCUGCGCCUUUUCGUUCGUGUUUUAAUUUCAGGUAUUUCAAUUCACUUCAGAGUGAAUGCUUUCCUAUCUGUUUCCACUCUGAUGUAAACAUGGUCAUCUCUGCGCCAACUGGGAGUGGUAAAACGGUACUCUUUGAGCUUUGCAUAUUGAGGCUUCUGUCAAGGUCUAUCUCUGCAGAGGGAAGAUUCAUACAUGUAAAGGGAUCUCUUAAAACAAUCUAUAUAGCCCCAUCAAAGGCUCUAGUACAGGAGAAGCUCCGUGAUUGGAAUCAGAAGUUUGGGCCAUGGGGGAUAAAUUGCCUGGAGCUGACAGGUGACAAUGAAUUUUACACUUCAAGGAAUAUACAUGAAGCGGAUAUUAUUCUGACCACUCCUGAGAAGUUCGAUGCAGUGUCACGAUAUGGUAUACAAGGUGGUGGCUUGAGCUUUUUCAGUGACAUAGCACUUCUACUAAUUGAUGAAGUUCAUCUGUUGAACGAUCCACGUGGAGCUGCUCUGGAAGCAAUUGUUAGUAGAAUAAAAAUUGUUGCUUGCAAUCCAAAAAUGAAAUUAAAUCCUCUGGCUCAGGUCCGCUUCCUUGCUGUGUCUGCCACAAUUCCAAAUAUUGAGGAUCUAGCUAAAUGGCUUGAGGUUCCUGACCAAGGGAUUAAAAGGUUUGGAGAAGAAAUGAGGCCAGUAAAGCUGACAACCAAGGUUUUUGGCUAUGCCCCAGCCAAGAAUGACUUUCUAUUUGAGAAGCGCCUUCAAAAUUAUAUUUUCGAUAUUCUCAUGCAAUUCUCAAGAGGGAAAUCUGCGCUUAUAUUUUGUUCUACAAGAAAAGGAGCACAAGAAGCAGCUCAACGACUCUCUCAAAUAGUCAUGACUUUUGGCCAAUCAAAUCCAUUUAUUAAGAAUAGAGAACAGCAAGAUCGGCUGAGGGAGGCUUCUCUAUCAUGCAGUGACAAGCAAAUGCAAUCAUAUAUUCUUUAUGGUGUUGGUUAUCACAAUGGUGGGCUUUGCCUCAAAGAUCGUAAUCUUGUGGAAGGACUUUUUCUCAAGGGUGACAUUCAAGUACUUUGCACUACAAAUACACUAGCCCAUGGAAUCAACCUCCCAGCGCAUACUGUGGUUAUUAAAUCAACACAGCACUUCAACAAGGAAAAAGGUCUUUACAUGGAAUAUGAUCGCUCCACUAUAUUGCAGAUGUGUGGAAGGGCAGGCCGACCACCGUUUGAUGAUACCGGCAUGGUUAUAAUCAUGACAAGGAGAGAAACGGUUCAUUUGUAUGAGAAUCUCUUAAAUGGGUGUGAGGUGGUGGAAUCACAGUUACUCUCAUGUGUGACGGAGCAUUUACUUGCGGAAAUUGUUCAACUGACAGUUUCUGAUAUAACAAAAGCAAUUGAGUGGAUGAAAUGCUCAUACUUGUAUGUAAGAAUGAAAAGGAAUCCUAUGAACUAUGCAAUUAAGAAAGGAAUUUCUGGCGAUCGUUUAGAGAGGCAUGUGCAAGAGAUUUGUAUUCAGAAAGUUAACGAGUUAUCACAACAUCAAAUGGUCUGGGUUGAUGAUGAUGGUUUCCUCUUGAGACCAUUAGAUCCUGGAAGGUUAAUGACAAAGUACUAUUUGAGAUUUGGCACUAUGAAACAGAUAAUGCGGACUCCUGAAAACUGCAGUUUAGAAGAUGCACUUCAUGUUGUGUGCUGUGCAGAAGAAAUUGCUUGGAUACAGCUCAGACGGAAUGAGAAGAAGCUCUUGAAUGAGAUCAAUGCUGAUAAAGAUGGCCGGCUUCGCUUUCACAUUCUUGGAGAUAAAGGGAAAAAGAAAAAGCGCAUUCAAUCAAGAGAGGAAAAGAUAUUUAUUAUAGCAAAUGACUGCUUAACUGGUGAUCCUUCAGUUCAUGACCUAUCUCUAAUCCAGGACAUGAAUUCUAUAUGCUCAAAUGGAUGUAGAAUUGCAAAAUGCAUGAAAGACUAUUUUGUUUACAAAAGGAAUUACAAAGGAGCUGUGAAUUCAGCCCUUCUAGCCAAAUCACUUGACCAGAAACUUUGGGAUGAUAGUCAAUACCUGUUGAAACAGUUACCUGGAAUUGGGAUGGUUACAGCAAAGGCACUGCAUUCAAUGGAAAUUAAAUCAUUUGAGGCACUCGCUGAAGCUGAUCCGAGGAGAAUAGAGAUAGUGACUGGUCGAAAAUAUCCAUUUGGUAACCAUAUUAAGGAUUCGCUACUAUUACUGCCUCCAAAAGUUGAUGUGAAGCUUGAAGAAAUCGAAAGCCAUGGACAAGGAAAGUCCAAGCUAGUAGUAACUUUGACUAGGAUGUCUCAGUCAGGCCAAUCUGUUAAACGACAUUUUGCUGAUAUGAUCAUUGGCUCGGAGGAAGACAACACUAUUCUCUUUCAUGAAAAAAUUAGCCCAUACAGUGCAACAAUUCUUGUGCCCAUCCAACAAGGGAAGCAGACUAUCAAAGCUGAUUUUAUAUUUGAGGAAUACAUUGGUAUUGAUGUCCGCCGAAAGCUUACCUUUAUGAGAGAGAGCAAUUCAACUGUGCUUCUAAAAAGAAACAGAAAGCAGGUUUCUUUUCCUCCUCCUGAAGAGAUAUAUGUCAUAGAAGAUGACAACAUAACUGUACCGCAUAUACCAAGGAAAGAGCCAUGCAGUUUGAGCAAGGACAAGGAGGAAAGUGAUUCCAUUCCAAGUUUUGACCUCUUGGAUGAAAAGUUAGAGGAAGGUGGGCGUGCUCUUGAGGUCGAAGAGGACAAAUGCAAAAUCAUCACCGAGAAAACAGUAUUUGACCACAUACGUGAGAAAGCCAAAAACUUUUCUCUCCUAUCUGCAUUUGAUAAUAUUCGAUGUCCGUCACUAGAGGUCCUUCUUGCAAGAAAUCAUGCCCGUGAGAAGAGGCCUGACCGCUGUCAUGAGGUAGUUGUUCUGGAUGACGAAGACAGACUCAAAGUUCCCCAACUAACUGAUGUUAAUUUGCCUGCCGAGCUCAGAAAGGCAGACCACGAUGAUAUCAAUCUAUAUCUGACUUUGAAUGAUCCUAAUACAGCUGGAAGCUCAAAUAACAUGAGCAGUAUACUUGAUACUGGUGUUUUCCUCCCCGAACCUGAAGCAAGAACUAACGAAACAUCAACUGAAGAAACAGUUUUUGAGCAUAUACGUAGAAAAUCUAAGGAUUUUCCAUUGAUUAGUAAGCUUGAUUGCAUGGAUUCAAUAAUCCACAAAACGGAAUUAUUCUCGAAGAAUCAUCCUAGUUUUUCCAGUUCUUUGAAUGCUACUUUUGGUAUGGCAACAGAGACAGAUUCCUCGGACAUGGUCACUGAUAAUAUGCUUACUUCAUUUAUGGAAACUGCUGAAGUGGAAAAAUAUUCAUCCAGUGUUCAAGUUGGUACUGAGGUAAAACGUAAGGAAGUUGAAGGUUUCUGUAGCAUAGAUGGAGUGCUAAAUAUUUCUAAGGGCGUUUCAAGCACAAAUUCUGUUCAAUCGUCCAUUUGUGUACCAACCGUUAGUUUUUCAGUGUUGAAGGAGAAAAAGCGGUCAUCAGAUCCCGGAAGCUUUGCCGAAAGUAGUAAGAAGCAGCAUUGUUCUUCUAGAGAAUCAAAAGAAGAGAAGUGUAGUUCAAGUGAAAUAAGAAGUCAACGCUGUUCUUUGGAAACUGCAGGCCAAAUGAAGGAAAGACAGCCAUAUCUUGGGUUUAAGAGUGUAUUUUCCUUCCUCUGACUUUCUCUUGUAUUAAUUACAGUAUUAAGAGAACUUUUACUCAUUGAACGAAUGUCUGACUGAGGUCCUGUACUGCUUCGGUGAACAGUUAGCACAUGGUUCUGCAGGAUUGCAGUUAUAGGCAUGCCUAUGUAGUUGUAUAUUCUCGAGUAUUGCCUGUAAGAA